UCCGCAGCCGAGUGCCCCUGAGUUCGAUCUCCGCCCUGCCUCCUCCCCCAAAAAAAGAUGGAGCAAGGGUUAAAACCAAGUUUCACUCAAGUGCUCAUGCCCAUAAGGUCCCCGGCACCCCAUAAUAGAGGAGGACGCCUGGAUUACUGAAUGAGGAGUCGUCUCCCUUCCUGGGGGCUGGGGGUGGGAAGUGGUCCAAGGCCUCCACGCCCCACCUCCUUGGCCCUGUUGUGUGUGAGGAGGGAGAGGACAGCCUGCCUCGUGACAGGGGGCUGGCCGAGCCCGCCCUAGCCCUGGGGUAGGGGGCGGGGCAGGGGAGCCCUAUAAUUGGAGGAGUCUGGGCUCACAGAGCCCUGCUCAGCUCCUGCGGACUCAAAGGACCCGGUACCCCAGGAACCGACUGACCAUCAGGCAGAAAGAUGAAGGUUCUGUGGGCCGUGUUGGUGACCACGCUCCUGGCAGGAUGCCUGGCGGAGCUGGAACUGGAGCCAGAGGUACAGGAGCAGACCAAUUGGCAGAUUGGCCAGACCCGCCAGCCCUGGGAGCUGGCACUGGGCCGCUUCUGGGAUUACCUGCACUGGGUGCAGACGCUCUCUGACCAGGUGCAGGAGGAGCUGCUCAGCUCCCAGGUCACCCAGGAACUGGCGGUGCUAAUAGAGGACACGAUGAAGGAGGUGAAGGCCUACAAGUCGGAGCUGGAGGAGCAGCUGCGCCCGAUGGCCGAGGAGACGCAGGCCCGGCUCUCCAAGGAGCUGCAGGCGGCGCAGGCGCGGCUCGGGGCGGACAUGCAGGACGUGCGCAACCGCCUGGAGCAGUACCGCAGCGAGGUGCGGGCCAUGGUGGGCCAGAGCACCGAGGAGCUGCGGGCGCGCCUGGCCUCGCACCUGCGCAAGCUGCGCAAGCGGCUGCAGCGCGACGCCGAGGACCUGCAGAAGCGCCUGGCCGUGUACCAGGCCGGGGCCCGCGAGGGCGCCGAGCGCGGCGUGAGCGCCAUCCGAGAGCGCCUGGGGCCGCUGGUGGAGCAGGGCCGCCUGCGGGCAGCCACCGUGAGCAGCCUGGCCAGCCAGCCGCUGCGGGAGCGCGCCCAGGCCUGGGGCGAGCGGCUGCGCGGGCGGCUGGAGGAGGUGGGCAGCCGCGCGCGCGACCGCCUGGACGAGGUGCGCGAGCAGGUGGAGGAGGUGCGCGCCAAGGUGGAGGAGCAGACGGCGCAGAUGCGCCUGCAGGCCGAGGCCUUCCAGGCCCGCCUCAAGAGCUGGUUCGAACCCCUGGUGGAAGACAUGCAGCGCCAGUGGGCCGGCCUGGUGGAGAAGAUGCAGAAGGCCAUGGGCGCCAGCACGGCCCCCGCGCCCAGCGACAACCACUGAGCGCCGGCCCCACUGCCCGGCCCCACUCCACCCUGCUCUGCCUCCCUUCGGCAGCAGGACCCUGUCCCCACCACAGCUGGCCUCCCCGCGGCCUCUGCUUAAUAAAGAUGUACCCGAGCUU